AUGGGACCAUUGAUCAAUUUUCCAUCUGUUCAUAUAUUUGUCAUUGUAUAUACAUGUGGUUCUUACUUUGGUAGCGUAAUUGAAUCAGCUCAUUUUUCAUCACUUCAUAUGUGUUUUAGACACCAAAUGGAACAAAUGGAUAUGUUGUUUAUGAGGCAACUAAACACACCUCUCCUCUGUUUCAUUUUCUUGUUUUUCGCCAUGAUCUCUCUUGGAUCAUCAUCCAAGACUAGUUUCCCCUUCACAAAUGAGACAGACCAUCAAGCCCUGCUUGCAAUCAAGGAUCUAAUAACAGUAGAUCCUUUCAGUACCUUAAGCUCAUGGAAUCAUUCCGUUCACUUUUGCAAUUGGCAAGGAGUCUCAUGCGGUCGUCGACAUCAACGUGUGACAAUCCUAAACAUAUCAUCUCUAACAUUGGUGGGUUCUCUAUCUCCUCAAAUUGGGAACCUCACCUUCCUUAGGACGAUUGAUCUCAGUAACAAUAGUUUUCAUGGAGAAAUCCCACCACAAAUUGGCAAGUUGUUUCAUCUGCAGCAUCUUCUGCUUUUGAAUAACUCUUUCCAAGGUGAAUUUCCUACCAAUUUGACUCAUUGUUCACACUUGAGAGUUAUCAGUAUGCGUGGUAACAAUCUAGGAGGUAAAAUUCCUACUGAGCUGGGUUCCUUGUCCAAUCUUUGGCACUUGAAUCUUGGAGUCAAUCAUCUAACUGGAACUAUCCCAAUUUCAAUUGGGAAUCUUUCCAGUCUACGUGUGCUUGGUCUGGUGGGCAAUAAUCUAGAGGGAACCAUUCCCACCGAACUUGGGCAGCUUUCAAAGUUGGAGUUUCUUCAACUGGCAGUAAACAAUUUGUCCGGUACAGUUCCUCCAUCACUUUACAACAUCUCAUCAGUCUAUUACUUCUCUAUCACUAGCAACCAAUUGCAUGGAAUUCUCCCACCAGAUUUAGGCUUGACCCUUCCAAAUUUACAAGGAUUUUAUAUUGGAAACAAUCAGUUGUAUGGCCCUGUGCCAUUGUCAAUUGCCAAUGCUACGAGACUUGUACAAAUUAGUCUUAGUGGCAAUUUUUUUACCGGGCCCAUGCCAAUGAACCUAGGUACCCUUGAUUCUCUAGAACUAUUACUAGCUCAUAGCUACUCACUUGGAACAAAUGAAGGCAAUGAAAUAAUGAACUUCUUCACUUCUUUAUCCAAUUGUUCCAAUUUACAAACUCUGGAACUGGGUGGAAAUGGUUUAAAAGGUUUGUUUCCCCAUGCCAUUGCAAAUCUCUCCACCAAGAUCACUUGGUUUGGUCUAGCAGAGAACUAUAUAUUUGGAAGCAUACCUCUGGGUAUUGGGAACCUUGUAAAUUUGCGGAUGCUCGAUUUAGGUAACAACAUGCUCACAGAUAGUAUUCCUGAUUCCAUUGGAAAACUGUCCAUGUUGGAAAGGUUGUUGCUUUGCCAAAAUAACAUCUCUGGACAUAUUCCAUCCUCUAUUGGAAACCUAACUCGACUUGGUAUGUUUUACCUCUGUGGUAAUAUGAUAGAAGGAAGCAUACCUAUGUCUUUCGGUAAUUGUACAAAUCUACAAGUAAUCCAUCUUGGAUACAAUUACCUCACUGGACCAAUACCUCAACAAAUCUUUGAUCUUUCUUCUCUCAUUGCUCUCUUCUUGAAUCAAAACCACCUAACAGGACUACUACCACAAGAAGUAGGCAACUUGAAAAAUCUAGAGGAACUACAUGUCUCAAACAACAAACUGUUUGGAGAAAUACCAGUCGCUCUUGGUAGUUGUCAAGUUUUAGAAUAUCUCAUAAUGGGGAAUAACCUUUUCGAAUGUACAAUUCCCAAAUCUUUCGAACAACUUAAAGGUCUUCAAUUCCUAGAUGUUUCUCACAAUAACUUGUCUGGACAGAUUCCGAUGUUUCUAGGCAAGUUUCCUUUCUUUCAAUAUGUCAAUCUUUCUUACAAUAUGUUUCAAGGCGAAGUUCCAAAUGGAGGAGUUUUCACAAACAUCAGUGCCUUCUCAAUUGCUGGAAAUAGUAAGCUUUGUGGAGGAAUUAAAGAAUUGCAAUUACCUGCAUGUUUGGUGAAAGACUCAAAGGAAAGGAAACGAUAUUUAAACCAUAGAGCAAUAACUGUAGUAGUUACUCUCACUAUUGUUCUAUUAUUAUUUUUCCUUUUAGCUUUUCUUUGUCCAAUGAGAAGGUCCAGACAACAAUCAUGUCAAGCCCCGCCAUUGCAAAACCAUUAUCUACAACUCUCUUAUGGAGAACUUCUUCAAGCAACCAAUGGGUUCUCUCCGGACAACUUAAUUGGUGAUGGAGGAUAUGCUUCUGUUUAUAAAGGGAUUCUCAACUUUGGUGAACAAAUUAUUGCUGUGAAGGUACUCAACCUUCACAAACAUGGAGCGAGCAAGAGUUUCAUAACAGAAUGUGAAGCAUUGAAGAACAUUCGCCACAGAAAUCUUGUCAAGAUAAUCACAUCUUGCUCAGGUAUUGAUUUUAAAGGCAAUGAUUUCAAGGCCUUGGUCUUUGAGUUCAUGGAAAAUGGGAGUUUAGAGCGAUGGUUACACCCAAGUCUUUCAGAGCAGCAAGAACCUAAGAACUUGAAUUUUGUUCAAAGGCUAAACAUUGCAAUUGAUGUGGCUUCUGCAUUGGAUUAUCUUCACCAUCAUUGUGAAAUGACUUUUAUUCAUUGUGAUUUAAAGCCAAGCAAUAUUCUUCUUGAUGCUGAUUUGUGUGCCCAUGUUAGCGAUUUUGGCUUGGCGAAGAUUUUUUCAGCAAUCACUGGUCUAUCCAAUCAUCAACAAUCAAGUUUAGUUGGGAUUAGAGGAACAGUUGGCUAUGUUGCCCCAGAGUACGGUAUAGGUGAGGAGGUAUCAACACAAGGAGAUAUGUAUAGCUAUGGAGUGUUACUAUUGGAAAUGUUCACAGGGAAAAGACCUAAUAAUAACAUGUUUAUGAGCAAUAACCUUUGUAACUAUGUAAAAAUGUGUCUUCCGGAUCAAGUAAUGGAGAUCGUUGAUCCCAAAAUGACAUUGGAAGACGAAGAGGAGCCAAGUAGGACUCGGCAGUGUUGCUCAACCAACAUUUCUAAAUUGAAGAUUUGUCUUGUACUGGUAUUUCAAAUUGGAGUUUCAUGUGCUGCUGAACUUCCAAGUGAGAGAAUGAGUGCGGGAGAUGUUCUUAUGGAACUACACAAGAUUAGAAGUGUGUUUCUUGGGGUUAGGGGACAAGGGCAUUAGUAUGGAAGGAGGAAUGAUUUUUAACUAUAGCCACAUCUAUAGGUUAUCUUUAUAUUGUAGUGUUUCCUUUCCUUCUCUUUCCUUUACUGAAUCUAUAAUUGGUAAGCUAGAUAUAAGUCAUGAAAGUGGUUGUGUGGUAUUGUCAUUGACAUUCAUAACUAGUUAUGGUUUCUCUAUGUUACAUAUGCCUUCUCCAUCUCAUUUUAUCAUUGUUAUUUCUCUGGAUUAUGCUCUCAAGUAAUUCUAAUGUAAAUAAGAGAGCUUGGCUCAAAACAAAAACUGAUGCCGUAAAAGGAAGAAAAAAAACAGAACUUUAGCUCAUAGCAUAAUGGAUUAUGAAUUUAUCGUUCAUCAAAUACUAACUGCUCAUAUAAAUUAUUAAAGCAUAGGGAAUAUGUUGUCAUUAAUGUUGAUUUCACUCUCAUCAUAAAUGA